AUGUCGAGCAACCUCCAAAGUCAGCUCUACAACCCGCUCGACACAACGCGAAUCCCCGACAUUCACCAGCAAAUCGUCAAUUCUUCCUCCUCACCUGAAUCGAAAGAAACAGAAGAGCAAAUCGUCCGCCUUGUCACAGAUGCAGCCAAGUACGAACCAGAAGAGCUCUUCGAAUACGUUCAAAAAUCGACUGAUUCUUUCACGCGCAAGUACUGGACCUUGAAAGUCAUCUACAUUCUCAUCAAUGGUUGUCAUAUUUGCGAGACGUCCGAGACCUUUACAAGCAUCUUCGAAUUCAUUUGCUCGGAAUUUUCGACGGCAGAGUUGAACGGCGAGGGGAAAGUCCUCUGGCUCAGCGUGGCGAAACGACUCAUCAGAUGGGAUGGCUGUCUUUAUCAGAAGAUUCUCGAUUCGUCUGUUUGUCUCCUUAGUCCGAAUGAAGAGGAAACGGUCAUAGAAGUAUUCAUGGAUUUCCUCUAUUUGAUAGGGCAGCAGGAAAAUUUCACCGAACACUUUUCCCUCUUCAAAAAAGAAAAGGAACAACUUCUUCUUACGCUGUGCCGCCUCUUCCGUCAAACAUCAGGCACAAACUCGGAAAAAAAACUUCUUCAAAAUCUCCAAGAGAAAAUCAAAUCGUCUUCCGACUUCAUUCACUUCUGUAAAUUUCUUGCGAGACAGGCCGGCAAAGAAUUCGCCCCUGAGGCAAUUUUGCUUUCGGUUCCGAUCGUCGGCGACUAUUUGUGGGAAAGCUGCGAUAACUUUGUGACUCUGCUGCGAGCGCUGGAGAUUGCUGCUCCUGAGCCGCGAAGCUGCACCACCGCGGCUGCUCUGGGGAGCACGAUUUCGUGCCUUUUCCAGCAAUCCCUCCUAAAGCAAAAAGAAUUCCUCAGUCCGUACUCGUUGGCCCUGCUCCACAACUUCGUCAAAACAAUUCUCACAUGCGAGCAUUCAUUUCCACAAAAGUUCACAAUCUUUCAAGACAGUAUCAAUUUCUUCAAACUCUAUUCGGACGAGAAACUCAAAGACAUUUGCGACUCUGUCCUGAGUCCUUCGGUCGAUCUUCCAAAGAGCGACAAAUCGCUUGCUCUUCUCACGCUGCUGGAAAAGAUGUACAAAGAUGGCGAGUCCAAAGUCAACACCGAACCCAACAUUCUUUCUUAUCUGCCUCUCGAGGAACGGGCUCGCUCAAUAAUCUAUUCUUUUUAUUUUUCUUGUGGACUGAAAAAAGCCCUUGUGAAGGAAAAUCUCUCAGUUGCCACCGACAGGAUCGAGCGAUUUCUUUCGACUAUGCAUUCGGAGACCAUCAGUGCCCAGCUUUCAACCGACAUCUUCAAUUUCUUUCAGAAGAGACUUCAAAAUUCAAAUUCGCCUCCUCUCGAUCUCAACUUUCAAGACUUUCAAAAAUUGUUCUCACUUCUUCUUCGACUUGUUUCUAAUACGAAUUUCCUCAUUCUAUCCGAUGUUCAACAUUGUUAUUCGAUUAUCCACACAUUUAUCUCGACCCGAAUGCCCAUCUGCUCCAUCCCAGUUCAACACUGCUUCACCCCCGAACAGCACCGCUAUUUCAACUCACUUAUGUUCACGCACUUGCUCACGCUCAGCGAACGCAAGCUUGGCAACCAUCUCCAGUGUGCCUUCCCCGUCGUCCUCGAGUACCUGAUUCACUUAACCCAAAAGACACAAGAAAAUGGAUCUCUUCAGAACGUUAUUUAUCAUCAAAAAAUUGAUUGCUACAAAUCAUUGCUCAGUCUGCGCCUUAUCAACGACCAGUUAUCAUUUAACCAGUUAAUCUUUCCAAGAAGUGCUCUCCGCCAGCCUGAACUGGAGAGAAUCAUCUCAAAGCUCCUAGAACUACUACACAGCGAGAUCUCCUUGCUGACAGAGCCAUCCAGCGCUUCUUUUGUCUCCAUUGAUUUGAUUUAUAAUGCCGUUUUCUUCCUGAAGCAGGCGCUGGAGAAUCACAGUCUGUUUUGUUCGCUCGAGAAGAAGACGAUUCAAAAAGUCUUCCUUACAUUCUACUCGCUCUCUUCCUCCGAGCGUUCGAUCGAGAAAACGCACGUCGACUGCUGGAAAUCGUAUCGACUCUAUUUGUCAGAAAAUGACACGAAGGACACGCACACCCUUGAGGAUCUCAAUUACUUGUCCGUGUCAGCUUUUGGCCUGCUCUUUAGGUGUUAUGAAGCUCUUUUUCGCCUUGCGAUCGAAAAGCGACCUCGUUACUUGAAUCUGCUCAUCUCGCAUGGCAAGACAGGUCUUUUGUACAAGUCCGCCAUCGACAGAAUCGAAAACAAAGUCAGAGAAAAACAAUCACAAAAUAGAAGAAGUUCUUUCGGCGCAAAAGGAAAAGAGGAAAAAGAGAAACUUGAACGAAAGCUGAAAGAAGAUCUGGCGAAGCUCGAGAAGAUUCUUAAUUUCAACAAAGAUCUUGUGGUGACACUCCGUGAUGUUUUCAAGCACAACAUGCUCGGCAACAAAGUUUUUGCAGAAGAAAAUCCAGUUUAUGCUGAUUUUUUCGUCGGUGCCCCAACUUUUCACUGGAUACGUGGAUACAAUGUUCAUUCAAUUUCCAUUCCGGUAAAGUCUUGCGGCGUCUCGUACAUGGAAGUUAUUCGAAAGCCAGCUGGCAUGAUCAGGAACUACGCGUCGAUCGAAGGCUUCGCCAAUGAAGUGCUGACGCCCGAGUGCGCCUAUCUCUGGCUGUACGACAACGCGUACCCUCGCGGUCGCAAUCCAGAGGAUUCUUUACCGGUGCGCGCUACACAUCCCGAUCUUCUUGAGCAACUCGAUGAUCACAUGCCCUUUUCGAAGAUUCAAGUAGCCCUGGUUUACGUAGCCCCUGGACAGAAAAACUGGUCCGAUAUUUUUGACAAUUCGAGCGGCAGCGUCCGAUACACGCGAUUCUUGGAAGGGCUUGGAGACAAGGUUCGUCUCCAACGAAAAGGCCCCGAACACAAUCAUGCUGUUUCUGGACUUGAUUUUACACGACACGGCAAGUUUACUUAUCUUCACUGCGAUGAUAUUUCAAAAAUACAAUAUACAGUCGCUACAUUACUGCCGACGAAUAAGGACCAUCAAAAGCUGGCCACGAUCGGUAAUCGUGAAAUCAUGAUCACUUGGGACGAGAGUGGAGGUUCUUACAUGCCAGGCACGCAAGACUCCGACUUCCCUUUCGUUGAAAUCAUAAUUCGUCCAGUCACAACAACUCUCGUGAAAGUCGACACAGUUCUGACGAGCCAGUUCGUCUCGCGGAAAACCCGUCUUCCAUCCAAAUUCAAACCCUUUCACAAGUUGUCAAUCAACGAGCAAGAAAAUUUCAAAUCCCUGGAGGUCGGCGCUGCUGGAGGGCCGAUCUUCCUCUCUGACAGAAAUCUUCCCGCUGCGAUGACCUCCCAAAUUCUCAAUCACAGUCUAACUCUAAGCUUCACGGACUCGAUACGACGGGUCAACCACAGUGACAGUUACAUGGAGGCUCUGCCUGCCUAUCACAGACUCACCCUGAUCCAAAACAUCCGCGAAAAAGAACUCCAACAUCAGAAAUCUUAUCUUGAAAAGAUUGGUCAUCACGACGAUGACUUCGACCUCGACUACUGCCUUUAA